UUGCCGGUUAGGGAGGAGCCGCCAUCUUUUGCUGUGAAUCCGCGGGGGGCUGGGGGCAGAGUGAGGGGCGAAUACCGCUCAGAAAUAAAAUCUGGAAGAAUUCAUUAUAGGGUUACAUUGGUAUGAUAAUAUUGGCGAACGUCUGUAACAGUAAUAUUAAAAGCCCUGCUCGGAGUGAAGUGACAUCGCGAUAUUCUCACAUUUAGUGCGGUUCUGGGUGUAAGCAGACUCCUUUUUUUAAAAAAAACUGGAUCGGGGCUCCGUUCCAGACAAUUUCUUCGGAAAAAGACGUCGUUGCCGGUGAAAACGAAACCGCCUUUAGUCACUGACGCCCGUUUCAUUUCCCCAUCUCUCUUCCCUGGCCUGACAGGAAACGCUGCUGACUGGACAUCCUCGCACUGAGAUCGGACCAUCAAUUUGCAGCAAACGGAUGUAUGACACCAUGUCCACAAUGGUGUAUUUAAAGGAAGACAAACUGGAAAAGCUGUCACAAGAAGAGAUUAUUGGCAAAACAAAGCAAGUGAUCCAAGGACUUGAAGCCUUAAAAAAUGAGCACAACUCUAUUUUGCAUAGCCUGCUGGAAACUCUGAAAUGUCUUAAGAAAGAUGAUGAGAUGAACUUGGUUGAAGAGAAAUCCAACAUGAUCCGCAAAUCUCUGGAAAUGUUAGAACUUGGUCUCAGUGAGGCACAGGUGAUGAUGGCAUUAUCCAGUCACCUAAGUGCAGUGGAAUCAGAAAAACAGAAAUUACGUGCUCAGGUGCGUCGAUUGUGUCAGGAGAACCAGUGGCUACGGGAUGAGCUGGCGAACACUCAGCAAAAAUUGCAAAAGAGUGAACAGAGUGUAGCUCAAUUGGAAGAAGAAAAGAAACACUUAGAAUUUAUGAAUCAACUCAAAAAAUAUGAUCCAGAUUCUUCACCACUGGAGGACAAGGAUACUGAUUCAUCCAAAGAACCAUUAGAUGACCUUUUCCCAAAUGAUGAUGAUGAAGCAGGGCAGGGAAUUCAGCAACAACACAGCAGUGCAGCUGCUGCAGCACAGCAGGGUGGUUAUGAGAUACCAGCCAGACUAAGGACCCUACAUAAUUUAGUCAUACAGUAUGCAUCUCAAGGCAGGUAUGAAGUAGCCGUACCUCUUUGUAAACAGGCUCUUGAAGAUUUGGAGAAAACAUCAGGCCAUGAUCAUCCUGACGUUGCUACUAUGCUCAAUAUUCUUGCUUUGGUGUACAGGGACCAGAACAAAUACAAAGAGGCAGCAAACCUACUUCAUGAUGCCUUAGCCAUUCGAGAGAAGACCUUGGGUAAAGAUCACCCUGCGGUGGCAGCUACAUUAAAUAAUCUUGCAGUGCUUCAUGGAAAAAGGGGAAAAUAUAGAGAGGCUGAACCCAUGUGUAAGAGAGCUCUGGAAAUACGUGAAAAGGUACUGGGGAGGGAUCAUCCUGAUGUGGCAAAACAGCUAAAUAAUUUGGCAUUAUUAUGUCAGAACCAGGGAAAGUAUGAAGAAGUAGAAUAUUACUAUGAACGUGCAUUGGAGAUUUAUCAGACAAAACUUGGACCUGAUGAUCCAAAUGUAGCAAAGACAAAAAACAACUUGGCUUCUUGCUACCUAAAGCAAGGCAAGUUCAAACAAGCAGAAACAUUAUAUAAAGAGAUUCUCACUCGUGCUCAUGAAAGGGAGUUUGGUUGUGUGGAUGAUGAAAAUAAGCCUAUUUGGAUGCAUGCUGAAGAAAGAGAGGAACAAUGCAAGGGAAAACCAAAAGAUGGCACCACAUUUGGUGAAUAUGGAGGUUGGUACAAGGCAUGCAAAGUUGACAGUCCAACAGUAACAACAACUUUGAAGAACCUUGGGGCACUUUAUAGACGUCAGGGCAAGUUUGAAGCAGCUGAAACACUGGAAGAAGCAGCCCUGAGAUCUCGUAAACAAGGUCUUGAUAAUAUUCAUAAACAAAGAGUAGCUGAAGUACUUAAUGAUCCUGAGAGCAUAGAGAAAAGAAGAAGCCGUGAAAGUCUAAAUGUAGAUGUGGUAAAAUAUGAGAGUGGUCCUGAUGGAGGCGAAGAAGAUGGAACUGGAUCUUUGAAGAGGAGUGGCUCCUUCAGCAAACUACGAGCCUCCAUUAGACGCAGUAGUGAAAAAUUAGUGAGAAAGCUGAAAGGUGGAAGUCCACGAGAUAAUGAGCCAAAGAACUCUGGUAUGAAGCGUGCCAACUCUUUGAAUAUACUUAACACAAAUGGCAAGGCUACUGAAGAUCCUUUUCAACAACGAAAUAAUUGUUUGACAGAAUCCAGAAGUCUGAGUGUCAGCCAUAACGACCUGACACACUGUGGAUCAACAUUUGGAAUGAACUAGACCCUCCAUUUGGAAGAAAUAGAAUCCUCAUUGCUGGAAUUUCUUAUCACUUUCCAAAUUAAAAUCUCAAAAUAUUCUACUGUACAAAUUCACCGGAUGUUUCUGAUAUGUUUUAGAACAUAAACUAUACCGUCUUAUAUUGUGAAUUGUUUGAUGCAAUAAGAGUUUAAAAAAAUACACAAUGCCAAUACCAUCAAAGAAAAUUUGUUUUAAAGAACAAAAUAAAAAUGCCACAGCUGAGCUGGUUUUAGAUAUGUGGGUAGAAACUACUUUUGUGAUACCUUUUUAGUGUGACUUAAUUUGUACAGCUGAAUUUAUCCUUCCUUAUUCUAAAAUAAGGUCUUAUACAAACCACUUUAUCAGCUAUAUUCAAUAAAGGCCACUUUACCUUUUUGGCAUCUCAUGUAGCUCAUACGUACCAUAUGUUUGUCAUUAAAUAAUUGAGUAGUCUGGUAUAUCAAAUAAUGUGUUAGUGAAGUCAACAGAUCAUUAAUAAAUAAAUAAAUACUAUCUAAAAGAGAAUUCUGAGGUACUUUGUAUAAUGUUCCAAUUCUUUGAUUGAAGAUAUACCAUGAACUUGCACUAUAUAAUCCCUAGAAUCAGAAACAAUGCUGCUAAUGUAUGUAGAGGUCACUUUUAUUGCAAAAUUGUUUUUAUAAUACCUCAAUCAGCUAUCCAACAUCAUGUUACAAAAUCAAUACCUGAAUGACAAAGAGCACCUGACUUGGUCUUAUUUACUAACCAAAUUACUGAGACUGAGAAUUGUGGAACAGUUACGCUUGAAUCAUCUUAGAUGAAAAGAAAAAAUAGAAUUGAACUAGAUCUUAGGUAGUUUUUUUCUUAAAUUGGCAUGCUGUUUCAAAGAACUAAACAUGAUACGUUUUUGAAAUUACAGAUGUAUAUACUAGGAAUGUUAAUUUGGUGAUGGCCAGGACAGCAGAAAAUGAUCAGAUUACACAGACAUUUUGAAAUUUACAAAUUGAAGGCCUUUAUAGAUAACUUCAUCUAUUAUUGUCUGAUUGUUUUGCACUUGUGUAUAUAUUUAGCCUGUCCCAUGGGUGAUAAUUUUAUGUCCUUUUUGGGCAGUACCUGGAGUACUACUUGUCCGCUUUCAGAGUGAUUUUAUAAAGCAUGUUUUGUCUGUUUUUACUUGUAUAUUUGUGUACUAACUAAUGUAUUUGCACAUAUUAAAAAUGAGGAUGAUGAAAAGUGAGGUUACAUUUGAAGAUUUAAAUCAUGCCAGUUUGUAAAAAUAGAAAACGCAGAAGACAUUAGGUAUAUAGAUGCUCCAUGACAUUAAAAGUUUUACAUGUGGUUCUACAAACACUUGAGAAUUUUUAAAUGAGUACAGCAGCUGUUAAGUGUUAAAAGUUGAAUUCUGACUACAUUAGUUAGAUUCAGUGCAAUAUAGCAAAACAAUGGAAAAAGAUGUUUGUUCAGGCUACUAAAAUUAAUAUUAUUUGUAGCUGCAAAUAAAUUAUUUACAAAUUUUGCAGAUUUGCAAAUUUAUUCAAUACAUUUAUUCCAAGCAGCAGCCUUUAAUCCCUAAAUGAACUAUAUGCCACCUCAAGUUAAAGCAGUAAAAUUGGAGUUAACAGUUCAAAAGUGCUGUGAUUACAAGACCAAUUAAGAGGACAGUGAUUUUUGCAGAUAGUCCAUUUUAAUGAUGGAAGAGAGGGUGUUUAUAAGCUUAGCUAAUGAGCUUGCAUCCAGUUAACAAACAUUUAAUUGUAUAUUGCACUUUAACUAAGACUAGCCUGUGUAGCCUUGAUAUUGCAUGUAAUGUUUCGGCAUAACUCACCUGGAAAAGUUCAGAGUGCUACGAGUAAGCAAGUAUGUUGUUCAGAAUUGAAUAUACUGUAUUACUGUCGUAAAUUUUCUUAGAAUUGAAGACUUUUGCAUUGUUAUAUUAGUUAUAUUUGGCCUAUGUUACAAUAUUUAUGUCCAAAAUGUAUGAAAUUCGUGUUUUUGUGAAAUAAAUAGUGAGAAAUAAAAAUUUAAAAACAAA